UUGCCUAAACUUUAGUGAGCAGCAGCAGCAGGUUUAGUUAGAAUGUGAGAGUGAGAGAGGAAGACAGAGGGGUGUGUAGGAGACAGGCAGCCUGCCAGCCAAAGUAUAGAGGAGAGAGAAGGGGGGCGAGAUGUGACCUAUACUCCACCGGUGGCUGCAAGGCUCUAAAACGGGGUGCAGCCAUGGGCUGCAAGGCCAGCAGAAUGUGCUGCCCUAGAUCCAGGAACAAGAGUCGUCAGAAAACAAAGGAGAACCGGCAGACCUCUCAAGAGCUGAACAACAUAGCUGGAAAUGGAUCAAGUGAAAAUUUGCAGAAAAUCAAAGACUAUGAGCAAGAAAUUAGAAAUCUCCUUCAGGCCCACUUUGAGGAGAAGAUAUCCAUUGAAGAGGCCAACAAAAAGAAGCUGGAGGAGCAGGCACAGGAGUUAAGGGAAAAGGCUAAACAAGAUGCGGAAGCAGACCUGGAAAAACGUCUUGCAGAACAGGCUUCAUGUCUGAAAGCUGAACUGGAUAACAGAUUUGAAGAGCUAAAGAAGCACUAUGAUGAUGAAAAGGCAUCUCUCAAAGAAACGUACGAAACGUUAACCACUUCCCUUCAGGAGACUGUCGCUGAGUUAAGUGGGCAGUUGGCAUCCUUCCAAGAGAAAAUGAAACGGGUCGAAGAGUCAGUCCUGAAUCAAGACUACAAAAUACACAUUCAGGAUCAUGGUAGCCCUGGUGAAUUCUGGGAACAGGAGCUACAAAGUCUGCAUUUUGUAAUUGAAAUGAAAAGCGAGCGGAUCAGGGAACAAGAAAAAAGGCUCCAGGCCCAGCAAGCUACGAUGGACAGGAAUGUUAUAUUGGAAGAGAAAGUCCACAGUCUGCAGCAGGAGAUUGAAGCCUUACGAGCCCAGGCCCAGAACCAGGCAGCAAUGACCAUCCGUUUGACAGAAGAGCUGCUGGACGCUCAGGUGGCCCUAGAAAAAGAGAAACAGCUUCACGAACAACUACAGCGUGACAAGGAGCAGCACUUUUACCGAACGGUGAACGGGGAUGGCCCACUCCCAUUUUCUCUGCCAAUGACUACACAGGACUCCAUUAAAGUGACCUAGGAGAAAGAGAUCUCGCAUCAUGGACAAAGGGUCAAAAUCCUUUUUUAUUCAGAGGACCUAAGCAAUACUGAUAACCUAAAACAUGCUAGAAAUUUCCUCUCAUGGAAGCAAUUCAUAUUUAUUUUCUUGUUUUAAUUAUUGAAACUGUAUAUACAUGUUUAUGGUAUCCAUGACUGGUAACAGUUCUUCUAUGCAAUAUCUUUUAUUUAAAACCAAAAAUGUCUA